AUGGCAUCGUGCUCUGUGCCGUAUAUGAAUGAUAUGGGUGAGGAAUGUCUGCAUUCGCAGAGUGAACCUUCCGUGUUAUCCGUUGGACAUUGGGAUAAAUCAUCCGAUGUCCUGUUCAAUUUAUCCACCAGGGAUCGCAGUAUUCCAGUUUUCUCGAGCAGUGCUACAUCAAGUAAAUCAUUACUACGUGCAGAUAGUUGGCCAAGACAACUGACUGAUGAAAUCAUCCGAAGGAGAGAAAUGUCUGUGCGGACUCGAAAAUGGUGUGCUGUUAACGGUCGGGAAAUUAAGGGACGAUUUGUGAAGCAAGAAAAGAAGGGUAGUGCUGGGAGCAAACAUUACGAGGGUAGCAGUUUUCGGGGACAAUCUGGGCGUCUCCCGAAACGUUCAAGGUCACUAGGAAUGGAAUCGAGAUAUUUAAAUUCAUCACGAGAAAAAAACUGGAAUCGUGCGAAACGCAUUAUCGGUGGUGUGAGGAAAUCGAUCAAUGAUUUGAAUGGGUGUAAAUUUUCGACAUCGCUGGAUAAACUGGCAUUACCAGGAAUGUUGAAUCAAGAAACAACAGUAGUGGCAGCAUCAUCUAUUGAUAACACCAACCAAAUCGAACGAGUAAUAUCUGAUGGCUUACAGGAAUCAGAAUUCACAACUCAAGGGUUUGCUUCAUCAUUAUCUGCACAAUCUGUGAAUAGAUUACCUGGCCUAAUCAAAUUACCACCCAAAAAAUUUAGCCUUAUACGUGCUCGCCACAUACUCACGAGAAGCCUACAAAAUUCGAUUUCAGGUUCAUUUUCGAAAUAUGACGGUGAACGAUCCGCGAAUCAUUUCAAUCUAGAAGAUGCCAAAUGCACGGGACCUAUGGUUGACAGUAUCGAAUCAGCAGUGAAAAAGAGUCGAGCUCGUUUACUUGAAGCCGAACGACGAAAUUCGGGAUUGACCGAUAGAGCAAGCCCAACAAUUCCAUCUAGCCAUUCAGUCUGGACAACAUUGCCAGAAAACUUGGCAGUACCGUCGACUUGGUCAGCUGUUAGUCCUUACGUUACUGAAUCUUGUCUAUCAAACUACGAUAGGAAAUCGCCGAUAAGGACCGCUAUACCAACCGUCGAUGAAUAUUCCAGUGCUGUGAACUUGUUUUCGGCAACACCUGAUCGGCAACCUAUCAAAAAAAGUGAAAGUUCCUCAGCAUCAAUGGGAACGGAUUUGCUACUGUCAAGGAAGGGGCCAUCUAGGGCUGAAAGAUUGAACAAUUCCUCAACAGCUCCAAAGGAAAUGAAUGCAGAAAAGCCCCAACCAAUAUCAUUGUGCACGACAGUAGCUUCACUUUCAGGAAGUUACUGCAGUUUGGAAACUAAAAGUAGCAGGAAUUUACCCCAAAAAUCAGUCGAAGUUUCCCGUACCGUUUAUGUACAAAUCGACCCUGUGGCGACACUUGGCGCGACACAGACUCAACAAACAAUGAUGAGAGAUCGUGCGCGCGUUGGCAACUUAGUUAAAAAUAAGCGUUUUUCGAGUCAAAAUAACGUGGAAAGCAAGGAUCGUAAUGAUGAGGGAUGGAACAGAAGUGGUUUUUUUGCUCGUCGUUUAUGGCGGAAAUUACCAAUGUCGAAGUCAUACUCUGAUCUCCGUUUCUAAAAUUUCCAUAGAAUUUUGCAUAUCAAUUUGCUAUAAUUACAGCUAGGUAAUCAAGUGUCGUUUUAAUUUCGAAUCGAUUUAAUGUUUUUUGCAACAUGGAG